AGGGGAUGAAAUUGACCAAACAUGGACGAACUUAUGGAGAAACUGGAUAAUGCUUUCUCCAAGAAUGUUUUUGUUAGAGGCCGGUUAAAUUCAAGUGUGGAGCCAAAGAGUGACAAGGAUUUAAUUCGAUAUGUGGUCAAAGCUAUGUAAGUGAUUUCAUGGGAAUCUGUGUGGUAGUGUCUCACAUUAUGGAUGAAAAAGUUAAUGUUGGUUUUGACUUCGAUCGACAUCACGGUUUGGUCAAGAUUAUUUUUCAUGGAUUUCUUGAUUUGUUCAUUUUUAGGGCUAUGGAGGCUUGUGCGGAAGAGAAUAAAGCCGUUCACAGAUGCAUGAAACAAAGCUGGUUUAGUGCGUGUAGUGUAAAACAAAGAGAAUACUGGAAUUGUUACCGUAAAGCAACUGUAAGUUCACCGUUACCAUAUCAAUUCUAACAGACUUAACAGUACACUUCUACCGUGUAAUGAAACUUUGGACAUGUUGCUUUGGCAUCCGAGGUAAAGUGCUCGCUGAAUGGAGGUUCAAAUGGUGAAUAUCAUCAAAGGGGCUAUUUUCUUGACGUGGGAACUAGAUGCUUAAACAUGCGUGUGUGCUUUGACAUUGUUGUGGAGUUCAUCUCCUUAACUGCGGUUGAUUAUCCAGCUUAACAAUGUCAGUACAGUUCCCUUUCUUCAGAUGAAUAGCUCACUCAUUUGAUAAUUUAUUUAAAAAUUUUGUAAUUCCAUUUUAAUUUGCAGAUCAGGUUAAGGAAGGAAUAUGGAGUGUACUUGGAUGAUUGAAACUAUUUAACUGCUAAAUGGAAUAGGAAAAUAUAUAUUUACAAAAAUGCUGUGACCAUGGAAGAUAAUCUGCAGAAUCCAGAUAAAAAAUAACCAGUUCUCCACAUGCCAUAAAUCUUUUGGCACCAACCUACCAUUACUUUGAAUUUCACAAAACUUCCCUCCUGGUUGUUGAAGAGAAGGGUCCAAAAUAUUGGUUAAAUGUUUCUUUAGUUUUUUUGUUAAAAAUGUUGUAAAGCACAAUAUUAAAAACUGGAUCAUUUGAUAGAGCUAUUCGAGAGUUUUCAUUGGCUUACCCACCUUGGGUUAUGAGCCAUUAUACCAUGCCUGCAGAUGAAGACAAGUUAAACUAAAAGUAUUUGUACAUUGUAACAUUGGCUUUGUUUGUAAAAAAAAAAAGUUAGAGAGAUAUAUAUGUUAUUCACCAGCCAAGGUUGGUC